GAGUAACCCGCGGAGCCAGAAGAGGGAGGAAAGGAGAUGAGAUUUCAUCAUGUUGGCCAGCCUGGUCGCAAACUCCUGACCUCAAGUGAUCCACCUGCCUUGGCCUCCCAAAGUGCUGGGAUUACAGGAAUUUAGUGAUCGACAAUGGCAGAAAAAAUCUUAGAGAAGUUAGAUGUCCUUGAUAAGCAAGCAGAGAUAAUCUUGGCCAGAAGAACAAAGAUAAACAGGCUUCAGAGUGAAGGAAGAAAAACGACUAUGGCUAUACCCCUGACAUUUGAUUUUCAGUUGGAAUUUGAAGAGGCUCUUGCUACAUCCACAUCUAAGGCAAUAUCAAAGAUCAAAGAAGACAAGUCACGCAGCAUUACAAAAUCAAAAAUGCAUGUCUCUUUCAAAUGUGAGCCUGAACCUAGAAAGAGUAAUUUUGAAAAGUCAAAUUUAAGACCAUUCUUUGUUCAAACAAAUGUAAAAAAUAAAGAAAGUGAGUCAACAGAGCCAGUAGAAGAACAUCUAAAAUCAAGAUCUAUUAGACCCUAUCUUUAUCUUAAGAAUACAACUGAGAUGGAAAAUGCAGGGCCUUUGAAUGUUCUAUAUUCACAGCAUAGACAAGCAUGUAGAAGAUCACUGGGUACUACAGACUUUUCUCCUACGUUCAACAUUCAGUCUAAUGCUCAUAAAAAGGAAAAAGACUCUACUUUAUUUACAGCUCAAAUUGAAAAAAAACCUAGGAAACCACUGGAUUCUGUUGGUCACUCAGAAGGCGAUAGAAAUAAAAGGAACAAAAGGACACAAAUCCCAUAAUUUUCCAUGACACAGAAUAUGUGCGAAUGUUACUUUUGACAAAAAAUAGAUUUUCUUCUCAUCCUUUGGAAAAUGAAAACAUUUACCCACAUAAAAGAACAAAUUUCGUUUUAGAAAGAAAUUGUGAAAUCUUCAAAUCUAUAAUUGGCAAUCAAUCUAUUUCUCUUUUCAAACCCCAAAAAACCACGCCUACAGUACAGAGAAAAGAUAUACAGAUCCCCAUGUCUUUUAAAGCGGGCCACACAACUGUAGAUGAUAAACUAAAGAAGAAAACUAAUAAGCAGACACUAGAAAACAGAUCUUGGAAUGCAGUCUAUAAUUUCUCACAGAAUUUUUCUAGUCUAACAAAACAAUUUGUGGGUUACCUUGAUAAAGCUGUUAUUCAUGAAAUGAGUGCCCAAACUGGAAAAUUGGAAAGAACGUUUUCUGUAGGAAAACCAAUGAGCAUACCCACUUCCAGUGCCUCACCUGUCAAAUGUUACUCAAAGCCUUUUAAAUAUAUAUAUAAACUAAAUAAUGUAACACCACUGGAUAAUUUGUUAAGCUUCUCAAGUGAAAUUUUAAAUGCCUCAUAAAAUAUCAUGUAUGCAGCAAUAUUUGAGCAACAAGAAGCAAAUAUCCAAGUCCCAAAAUUAUAAAAGAAAUUCUUAUCCAAAUAGUAAUGUUCUAAUUGAUCAUAUAAGAAAGCAAAGCAUAGACAUUAAAAUUACAAGUCAGCAGUGGUCUGUUCAAGAACAAUCAACAUUUUUAGAAAAUAAUAGGACAAAAUUAGGAAAUAAUUAUCACCAAGAGGAUCUAGUUCAUGACUUUCUAUUAUCUCAAUUAGAUUGCUCAAUCAUCAGCCUUCGUGUACUAAACUCUGAUUCAGGACCAAGAAAGGUAUAGUCUGACUCUGGAAAUGAGCUGUUGGAAGCCAAAUAACAUCAAUACUCUUGUUCUAUAAUUGAAUAUCAAAUAAGACAAAUUAGCAUUAAUUUGAUGACUGUGGAGUUAAUUGUAUAUCAGCAUUUCAGCAAAUCAUCAUCAAUAGUAUUACAUUGGCAAUUUAUGCAAUUAAAAAGGCUUUGUGAAACUUUGAAUAGUUUUUUAUUGUUGUUAGUAGAUGUUGGAACUUCAUUACUAUAUAAUGUGUUUGCAAACUUUAACUUUUCUCUGAAUUGUUAAAUAAAAGAAUAACUAUCCUUAAUCUAAAUAAUUUUGGUAGCAAAUCCUAUAGGUAUUAAACAUUUUAAAGUAUAUUAUUACAUUGCUAUUUUACUGUUUCUCAUUAACCCAAACAGUUUAAAGGCAGAAUUCAACUUAGAAACAAGUUGCAUUUUGAAAGUUUAUUUGUAAUCCAUUUGUUUGGAAUUCAGAAAUGUAUUUCACAUAAAAAUAAUCUUGGAAGUAAUACAUUCCAAAAUUAACUAACAAAA